UAUAAUAUUAUACUUCUUCUACAAACAGAAAUUAAGGUUUGUUACUGCUACGACGGAAAUUAUGUCCGAUUCGGACUCAAGGCGAACUUCAUAUGUCACAUUGCAAAUUGACGUUUUAAAUGUCAGUGUCAAAACGCGUAAACUUGACAUUGACAUUACAUUGAGUGUUGAGUUCGACACGUGUGUUCAGUAAAUAUUGAAAUUAGAGCCAGUUUUAAUAAAUUUGGUAAUAAGUACUUGUGUUUUAAAAGCAGAUAUACUUUAAACAUUUAUAACAAUGUCUGACGGAAGCGACGGCCAAUUUAGCGACUACGAAGAGGAUAUUUCCAAUAAGGUUAAGUCAGUACGGUUUGCUGAUAAACUGGAUAUCAAAACACUUAGCAGCAAUGCCGAGAGUGAUUAUGAUUCUGAUGAUUACUUCCAAGACUCCGAUGAUCCAACUAACAAUUCGGGAAAACUCAAAAGUAAUUCUCAGACACCUUCAAACAAAGUCAGCACAUUCCAGCCCAGUGAAAAGUUGUUUAAAAAGUAUGUUCACAAAAUCAAUGUGGAUAGUUACGAUCCAAUGGACCGUACAAAUAAAUUCAUUGACAGCAAUGACAGGAAAGUUGAUAGCGGCAGGAUUAGAACAAAGGAUAAGCAUGACAGAGCUACUGCAGAGCAAGUCAUGGAUCCACGCACAAGAAUGAUUCUUUUCAAAUUGUUAAACAGAGGUAUUAUCAAUGAAAUCAAUGGUUGCAUAUCUACUGGUAAAGAGGCCAAUGUCUACCAUGCUACAUCUAAAGAUGGAAAAGAUUAUGCUAUUAAAAUCUACAAAACAUCAAUCUUAGUGUUCAAAGACAGAGAUAAGUACGUAUCAGGAGAAUACAGAUUCAGAAAUGGGUACUGCAGGUCUAACCCUCGUAAAAUGGUACGAACCUGGGCUGAGAAAGAAAUGAGAAAUCUUGUAAGGAUGUUCAAUGCUAAGUUAAAUGUUCCAGAGCCAAUUAUAUUGCGGAGCCAUGUCCUCGUCAUGACUUUCAUGGGAGAUGAGGGAUGGCCUUCUCCAAAACUGAAGGAUGUUGAGAUUACUCAAUCGCAAGCCAGAUCUUUGUACCGGGAUUGCAUAAUAAUGAUGUGGAAUUUGUUCAACAUUUGCAAACUGGUACAUGCAGAUUUAUCAGAAUAUAAUCUUCUGUACCAUAAAGGAAAUGUAGUUGUAAUUGAUGUGUCACAGUCUGUGGAACAUGACCAUCCACAUGCUUUUGAGUUUUUAAGGAAAGAUUGUACUAAUAUAUCAGAUUUCUUCAGGAAGAAUGGUGUUGCAACACUGACCGUUAAGGAACUUUUUGAUUUUAUUACCGACUCUGCUAUAAAUGAAGGAAAUUUGGAAGAUUGCUUGGAGAAACUUUCAGAGAAGGCUUCUACAAGGAAGUUUGAGGAAAUGACAGCACAAGAACAAGUUGAAGAGGAAGCUUUCAAAAACAUUUAUAUACCUAAAAGGCUUACAGAGGUUAUUAAUUAUGAACGGGAUAUCAACAAAGCUAAAAAAGGUGACACAGAAGAUCUGGCAUACAAGAAGAUUGCUGGAUUCAAUGAGGACCUCAGUACAGUCAACAAACCAGAGAUUUUGGAAGAAUGUGAUUUUUCUGGCAGAGGGUCUGCUAGUGGCUCGGAAUCUUCUGAGGAUGAGGAUGGAGAUUCUCACCCCAAGUUCAUAUCAUCUGCCCGCCCAAGAGACGAAUCUCCCAACACUAAGAAGGCAAGAAAAAAGGCGGUAAAAGAAGAAAAGGCAGAGAAAAGGAAAACCAAAGUCAAGAAGCACAUCAAAAAGAGAAGGGACAAAGGAUCGGGGAAGAAGUAGAAUGGCAAAUAAUCUAAGUGAGUUUUAAAUUAAAUUCAAUAGUAAUUGUGCCUGUGAUUAAGUAAUGUAAAUUACCCGAAGGUAAGGUGCUGAAGGUAUAUUUUAGAAUGGCACAUCUUUAUAUUUAUUUAGUAUAGUAAACGGCCAUAGAGAAUAAACAUCGGUUUUUCGUCUUCGUAGAGCGUUGUCUCUUUCUUGCUUAUGUGACGUUAACUGUCUCUUUCCAAAGACCAAUGUGCAUUCUUUAUGGCCAUUUACUGUAAGUCAUAUAUUUUAUAAUGUAUAAAUUAGAUAUGAAAUUAUAUCUAGUUACGAGAAUAAA